AUGGCGACGACGGGGGCCAUCUCGAGUGCCGGCAGCGGAAUCGCCGGCAUGCUCCGCCUCCCGAGGAAGGCGACGAGGGACCCGGCCUUCGCCGCGCACGCCACCGCCCGCCCUGCCGGUUCCGUCACCGACGGCGGGAACCUCAUCUGGGGCCGCCAGCUCCGUCCGGCGCUGCUCCACCUCGACAAGUCAUCCCCGCCGACGAGGCGGGUGCUGCUCCGCCCGGUGGCCGCCGCCGCGUCCUCCUCGCCGGCCGAAGGUGGCGAUUCCGUCGGGGAAACAAAGGUGGGCUUCGCCGCCAAGUACCCCGCUCUGGUCACCGGCUUCUUCUUCUUCAUGUGGUAUUUUUUGAAUGUGAUAUUUAACAUCAUCAACAAGAAGCUCUACAAUUAUUUCCCCUACCCUUACUUCGUGUCGGUGAUACACUUGUUCGUGGGCGUGGUGUAUUGUUUAGUGAGCUGGACCGUCGGUCUUCCCAAGCGUGCUCCGAUCGACUCAAAUCUCUUGAAGCUGCUCAUCCCUGUUGCCGUCUGCCAUGCCAUCGGCCAUGUUACUAGCAAUGUUUCAUUUGCUGCUGUUGCAGUCUCAUUUACUCACACAAUCAAGGCACUGGAACCCUUCUUCAAUGCAGCAGCUUCUCAGUUCAUCCUUGGACAACAGAUACCUUUGACGUUGUGGUUAUCUUUGGCCCCAGUUGUACUUGGUGUCUCAAUGGCAUCCCUUACGGAACUAUCAUUCAAUUGGACUGGCUUCAUUAGUGCCAUGAUCUCAAACGUCUCCUUCACUUACAGGAGCAUCUAUUCCAAGAAAGCUAUGACUGACAUGGACAGCACAAAUGUAUAUGCAUACAUAUCGAUCAUUGCGCUUUUUGUUUGUAUCCCGCCUGCAAUUCUGGUUGAGGGACCUCAACUGAUGCAGUAUGGCUUUAAGGAUGCAAUUGCCAAAGUAGGUUUAACAAAGUUCAUCUCCGAUCUGUUCUGGGUGGGAAUGUUUUAUCACCUAUACAACCAGUUGGCAACCAACACCUUGGAACGAGUGGCUCCUCUCACGCACGCGGUUGGAAAUGUUCUGAAGCGUGUGUUCGUGAUUGGUUUCUCAAUCAUAGUAUUUGGAAACAAGAUUUCAACGCAGACGGGCAUUGGGACUUGUAUUGCAAUUGCAGGAGUUGCCAUCUACUCCUACAUUAAGGCAAAGAUGGAAGAGGAGAAAAGACAAAUGAAAGCUGCAUGAGCAGCAGAGAGCUGUGGAGAUGGAAGAUCGAGUGGGGGUCCAAGGUUUGGCAUGUCGGAAUGUGCCAAUAAAAAGGGGAGAGCUUAUCGAUGAUGUAAGGUUGGCAGCCAUCUAAAAGGCCCCCCACUUACUUCUAUGUCUCAUUUAUUUUUCUAGUUCACUGUGUUCCUUAAUUUCUUGGAACAGAAACAGCUGCUGUUGCUCAUUCUCAGAGCGUAGAAUAAUUUUGUGCUUCUCUGUAUGCCAAACAGAAGCUGGAUGCUCCAAACCUGUAGGAGUAAUGAAAUUAUCUGUGACUAUUUCCUUUCUUUA